ACCCAAAUGGUAACUUACUAGAUACACUUGUUCAGAGUCUCGGUUGUUUUUAUUAAUCAACCUUUUAAAGUUUAGUCAGACGUCGGGAAGCCUCCCCUUAUCUCGGCCGCUGGGUGGAGCCUUCCGGGGCCGGGGGCGCCGCAGCCGCGUCUCCGAUCCCGGCUCCCGCCGCCGGCGACCGGCACUUCCACCGGCUCCCGGGCCCCCGAGGGGUCGGGCGGGCGGCGCACGUGCAAAGGGCCUCCUCCGCGCCCCGCCCCCCCGCCCCGGCCUCUGUGACGUCCGCGCCGGAACCUGGAAUUUCGGCUCCGGGAGCUGGCGGCGGCGGCGGCGGCGGCGGCGCCAGAGCGGGGCCCCGACGGCCUCUCCGGGGCGCAGGGCGCAGCCAUGAGCGAGUCCAGUGCCAGUGCGCUCCCGCCAGGCAGGCCCGGCAGGCAGCCCUUCAGCCACCCAGAGAACCUCUCGUUGGACUCCAGUUGCUUUUCCUCUCCACCUGUGAAUUUCCUUCAAGAAUUGCCAAGCUAUCGGUCCAUUGCACGCAAGAGGACGACCAUUCCUACCCGAGAGAAGCAAAGUGGCACUUUGCUAAAGCCGACAGACUCUUACAGCUCCCAGUUGGAGGGAGGAAUCACUGAAAACCUCAAUAGCCAAUCGAUUCGGAAGUAUGCACUGAACAUCUCUGAGAAGCGGAGGCUAAGGAACAUUCAGGAGACCCAGAUGAAGUAUUUAUCUGAAUGGGACCAGUGGAAACGGUAUAGCAGCAAGUCUUGGAAGAGGUUCAUAGGGAAGGCUCGCGAGAUGACGACCCACCUGGAGCUGUGGCGGGACGACAUUCGCAGCAUAGAAGGGAAGUUUGGCACUGGGAUUCAGUCCUAUUUCUCCUUCUUGCGGUUUCUGGUGUUGCUGAACUUGGUGAUCUUUCUGAUUAUCUUUUUGCUGGUUUUGCUCCCCGUCUUGCUCACCAAAUACAACAUCACCAACAGCACCUUUGUGCUCAUUCCGUCCAAAGACACGGAUGUUCAAUGCACAGUGUAUCCAAUAAGUAGUUCUGGACUCAUUUACUUUUAUAGUUAUAUCAUAGACUUGCUCUCUGGCACUGGUUUUUUGGAGGAGACCUGCCUCUUUUAUGGACAUUACACCAUUGAUGGGGUGAAAUUUCAGAACUUCACCUAUGAUCUGCCCCUGGCUUAUUUGUUAAGCACGAUUGCCUACCUGGCCCUGAGUCUUCUUUGGAUAGUGAAAAGGUCAGUGGAAGGGUUCAAAAUCAACCUGAUCCGGAGCGAGGAGCACUUUCAGAGUUACUGCAACAAGAUCUUUGCUGGCUGGGACUUCUGCAUCACCAACCGUAGCAUGGCGGACCUGAAGCACAGCAGCCUGCGGUAUGAGCUCCGGGCAGAUCUGGAGGAAGAAAGAAUACGGCAGAAGAUAGCAGAGAGGACCUCGGAAGAAACAAUACGGAUUUACUCUUUGAGACUGUUUUUGAACUGCAUUGUUCUGGCUGUUUUAGCUGCAUGCUUUUAUGCAAUUUAUAGAGCAACGAUAUUCUCACAAGAGCACAUGAAAAAAGAAAUUGACAAGAUGGUUUUUGGAGAGAACCUUUUGAUAUUGUACCUGCCUUCUAUUGUGAUCACGCUGGCCAAUUUUAUCACCCCAAUGAUCUUUGCCAAAAUCAUCCACUAUGAGGAUUAUUCCCCAGGCUUUGAGAUCCGGCUGACAAUCCUUAGGUGUGUGUUCAUGCGCCUGGCCACCAUCUGUGUGCUGGUAUUCACCCUGGGCUCCAAGAUUACAUCCUGUGAUAACUACUCCUGUGAGCUCUGUGGCUACAACCAGAAACUCUACCCGUGCUGGGAGACCCAAGUUGGACAGGAAAUGUACAAGCUGAUGAUCUUCGACCUCAUCAUCAUCUUGGCCGUGACGCUUUUUGUGGAUUUUCCUAGAAAGCUCCUGGUGACCUACUGUUCCUCUUGGAAACUGGUUCAGUGCUGGGGACAGCAGGAAUUUGCCAUUCCUGAUAACGUUCUGGGGAUUGUUUAUGGGCAAACCAUUUGCUGGAUUGGAGCCUUUUUCUCCCCUCUUCUCCCUGCAAUUGCAACCUUGAAACUCAUUAUCAUCUUUUAUGUGAAAGAGAUAAGUCUUCUUUACACCUGCCGGCCCUCCCCAAGGCAGUUCAGAGCAUCCAAUUCUAAUUUCUUCUUCUUGUUGGUGUUGCUGAUAGGGCUGUGUUUGGCAAUAAUACCUCUGACGAUCAGCAUGGCACGCGUCCCUUCCUCAAAAGCUUGUGGGCCGUUCACCAACUUCAACACCACCUGGGAGGUGGUCCCCACGACAGUGAGCACCUUUCCCAGCUCACUGCAGUCCCUGGUCCAUGGCGUCACCUCGGAAGCCUUUGCAGUGCCUUUCUUCAUGAUCAUCUGCCUCAUUAUGUUUUAUUUCAUCGCCCUUGCCGGAGCACACAAGCGGGUGGUGGUCCAGCUCCGAGAGCAGCUGUCCCUGGAAAGUCGUGACAAGCGUUAUCUAAUUCAGAAACUAACGGAAGCCCAGAGGGAUAUGAAGAACCGUCUAGACUGGCAGUGAGGAUCCUACUGCGUGUUGCUCAGAAGCUGACCUGCUGAGCCUACAGAGUCCACCUGGGUUUGGAGCAGAGAUUUUAAAAUAUAUUUUUCUGGAGUUGAGA